UUAUUUACUGUGUUGUGUCUCUGAUUUCGAUUUGUUUUUAUUUAUUUUCACAACUUAUUUAGGAAUUAAAUCAUUAUAUUCAGGUUUAAUAAUAUUAACAAUUUAACAUUAUGGAUUAAACAUGGCAGCAGCCUUUCAACAACAAAUAUUUGCUUUAGACGCUCGCUUCAAUGCUUACAGGGCUCCGAAUAAUCCCAACUUCAAAACCUUGUACAUACGAAGACGCAGUCAAUUGCUGAGAGAGAAUGCUAAAUUCAAAGACAUAGAGACCAUAAAGAAGUAUCUCCAUAUCCGGAGCCAGCUGCUGCAGCGCCGCUAUGGUGUCCAAGACAAUAUAUCAAUCAGCUCGGCUUCCUCGCGCCAAAGAUCUAGCAGUAAGGCAAGUCUGGCGCUUGAUGACUUCCCUCAGAGCUCCAACAACAAGAAGAAAAAUGAAAUGUCAAUAUCAGAGAACUAUGCAUUCACUGGGGUACACCAUAUUUUUGACCAGCACUCAGAGCAAGUGAGCGUAGUGAAGUUUGCCAACAACGACCGUUCUAAAUUAGCUUGUGCGUCACACGACGGCUCGGUGUCCAUCUGCGACGUGACGGCGACCCCGCCGCGCGUCAGCUUCGUGUUGGAGGGACACACGCAGCCCGUCACAGGCUGCGACUGGUCGGCGUCGAACGAGCUGGUGGUGUCGGUGGGGCUGGACGGGCUGCUGGUGGUGUGGGACGUGGCGCGGCGCGUGCGCCUGCGCGCCGUGCAGGACCAGCUGCGCGCGCCGCUGCUCGCCGUCGCCUUCCAGCCCGCCAACAACAACAUGGUCAUUGCAGGAAAUGCGAAGGGGAUGGUGGAAGUGUUGAACGUGUCCACAGGAAUAUACCCGAGAGGCGGGAGCAGCAUUCUGGGCGGACGAGUUCUUUCGAUAGCCUGCGAAUCGAGCGGACGAAUGUUUUGGGCUGCUAACGACAAGGGUGUGAUAGUGAGCUACCGGCUGGAGGGGUGCGGGGGCGCGCUGAGCAAGCUGCGGCGCUGCUGCGUGGACGGCGCCGUGUCGUGCCUGAGCUGGAGCCCCUGGCUGGCGCGCCACCCCGCGCUGCUCGCCAGCGUCGCCACCGACACGCUCUACCUGUUCAGGAUCGCGGACCGCGACGGCACCCUGGCCCUGAAGAAGCGGUUCUCCACCAUGCACCGCGAGCACAGCGUCAAGUCCACGUUCUGCCCCAUCAUGUCGUUCCGGCGCGGCGUGUGCGUGGUGACGGGCAGCGAGGAUGCCACCGUAUACUUCCUGGACAUUGAGGGCACUUCUAAUCAGCCUGUAGUUAAUAAGCUGCAAGGGCACGCGUCGCCGGUGCUGGGCGUGAGCUUCAGCUACGACGAGAGCCUGCUGGCCACCAGCGACGCCUCCGGCCUCGUCAUCAUCUGGCGGCGACCCUGACUUCAUACCGACACAAUGCCCAUGGCCACGCUGCUCCACCACGAGCAACAACUGAGUGUCUAGCCUAGAUGACUAUUGUUUAUCGAUAAGUAAAAACUGGAUGACAGAUGAAUUUCCAUACAUUACUCAAGUUUGGUUUACUAUUGUCACUUGGCCUCAUUAAUUGUUCACUUGUCUCGUGCAAUAAAUUUAAAACUCAUACUUUUAAACAUUUUUUUUUCAAUGUUGGUUGUUGUGAACUAAAUAUCGGCCUCUCCCACAAUUUACUUUGGAAAUUGCUGGGUAAGAAGAAAAAGCCUUUGCUUGACUAGUCAGUAAUCUCCGGCCUUAAGAGGGCCAACAUUAGGCAUUAUAUUUAAUGUUCUAAAAGACCGAAAUGAAUAAUGUAUAAUGUAAGUCAUUGAUUGGAAUAUUAGCUAAAUAUUGUCUUAACACAUGAUUAUUUAGAAGACUAUAUAUUUAACAUUCCUGAUUUAUUAGAAAUUGAAUCUCGAAAAUGUAUUAAUUAGGUUGACAUUAUUUAAUGUAGUUAAGUAAGAGAAGAUAUGUAUUGUUUUAAGUAAAAGGCAUAUAUUGAGUUACGAGUUUUAUUCAUUAUUUUUUUCUCCAUAGAAAUACUUUUAAAAGACAAGACAAAGUCACAAUAUGAAAACCUUCAACGUUCACAUUCACGAAAUACUGCGGACAGUUCAUACAAAUCAAUAACAACUUACAAACAAUAAAUAC